AGAUGAGAACUAAACGACGAAUUGUUCUUACCGGAACACCUUUACAAAAUAAUCUAAAAGAAUAUUACUGCAUGAUACAGUUCAUCAAACCGAAUCUUCUUGGCACAUAUAAAGAGUAUUUAAAUCGUUUUGUAAAUCCGAUCACCAAUGGCCAAUAUACGGAUUCAACUGAGCGAGAUAUUCGCCUGAUGAAGCAUCGAUCCCAUAUUUUGCACAAAAUGUUGGAGGGUUGCAUUCAAAGGCGAGAUUAUUCGGUGCUGGCACCGUAUUUGCCGCCGAAGCAUGAAUACACAGUUCACACAACUCUAUCUGACUUACAGCAGCAGCUGUACGAUUAUUAUAUGACGACCCAGCGUGAUGUCAGUGGUUCCGAUAUUAGCGGAAAAGGGGCAAGAUUGUUCCAAGAUUUUCAGGAUUUGCGUAGAAUAUGGACCCAUCCCAUGAAUUUACGAAUGAACAGUGACACGGUUAUUCGCAAGCGUCAACAGGCUAUUGACUCCGAUUCAAUGGAAGAUUUUAUUGACGACGAUGAUGACGAAGCAGAGUCAGGUUCUGGAUCUGACUCAUCGGCAAAUUCAUCGAAAUCAUUUGCUAGUGGCGGCGGCGGCAAUGCAAGUGGUAGUGCACGGAGGGGCUCAAAAGGCACUCGCACACGCAGCCGUAAACAAACUGACAAGGAAAGUGACAACGAGGAGAUAGAGCCGUCGCAACCAGAAGCUGAUCCAUCCGAAUGGUGGAAGCGUUUUGUGGAGGAAAAAGAGUUGAACAACAUAAAUCAUUCCCCGAAACUGGUGAUACUAAUGAACUUGUUGCAAGAAUGCGAAGUUAUUGGCGACAAACUUCUGGUGUUUUCACAGUCUCUGCAAUCUAUAGAUGUUAUAGAACAUUUUUUGGCGUUAAUAGACAGCAAGACAAGAGGAAACGAAUAUGAUGGUGACGUUGGAGAUUUCAAAGGUUUUUGGCAACCAGGAAUAGACUAUUUUCGUCUAGAUGGCUCAUGCUCUGUCGAAAGUCGUGAGGCUAUGUGCAAGAAAUUCAACGAUGUUGACAAUUUAAGAGGUCGCCUCUUUCUUAUAUCAACGCGUGCGGGUGGCCUGGGAAUCAACUUAGUUGCUGCAAAUCGCGUAGUUAUUUUCGAUGUGUCUUGGAAUCCUUCUCAUGAUACCCAGAGCAUUUUUAGAGUUUACCGUUUUGGCCAGGUUAAACCUUGCUACAUUUAUCGCCUAAUAGCCAUGGGUACAAUGGAGCAAAAAGUAUAUGAGCGUCAGAUUGCAAAGCAAGCAACAGCUAAGAGAGUUAUUGAUGAGCAACAAAUUUCUCGACACUACAAUCAAAAUGAUCUUCAGGAACUAUAUUCCUACGAGCUGAAACCCAGCACUGAAAAAGAAAUACCAAUAUUGCCCAAAGAUCGGUUAUUUGCAGAGUUGCUGAGUAAACAUGAGUCAUUGAUAUUCAAAUACCACGAACAUGACUCGCUUUUAGAGAACGAGGAAAGUGAGAAUCUCAAUGAAGAUGAACGUAAAGCUGCUUGGGCUGAAUAUGAGGCAGAGAAAACUCGUAGUGUCCAAACUGCUCAAUAUAUGUCUUACGAUCGUGGUGCUUUCGGCGGUCAAUUUGGCAACGCUUCGGGUGGAGUAACCUCAAAUCGCAUAUUCGGCUUUCGUUCCGAUGUGCUGUUGCAGUUGCUAAAUAUGAAGAUUGUCAAGGAUCAUCCGGAAGUAACACAUACUCAAGCUCUUCAACUUGUUCCCACGUAUUUACAACAUUUGUACACCGAAAUGAACAAUAACAAUCCUACAAUGUAUAAAGAUCUGCUGGCCAUACAUGCCACAAUCGCCCACCCGAGCGGCAUGUACAUGAGUCCACUUUUGUACGCAAAUCAAAAUCCCAAUGCAGCGGGUUAUUUCCAAGCAGCUGGUGGGCCUAACGGUCAGCAGAUUGAAGCUGUAGGGCAAGGCCCGGGAGCACCAUCGGGUGUCGGUUUUGAAGCUGCCCCCCCGCCCGGAUUCAAAGAGAAUGAGGUAUACGAGAUUGACUAAUCGAUGAAUUAUUGCUAAAAGAAUAUCCCGUUUUCCCUUAAUAUUUGUAAACGAUGAAUAUCCUAGGGGGUGAUAUUCAUACACUUUUGAUUCUGUUGCAGAAGGGACACAAAUCAAUGUGUAUGUCUUCGUUUUAUUAUUUUUUUUUGAAUUUUCCGCACUUGCUCUCAAAUGUUGUGGCAAAUGCCUAC